AUGCGCUCCACCUUCUACCGCGGCGCGUACGCCAAUAGCGGCGUCGUCGGCAGCAUCGCCGUCCGCACCCUCGCCAACAACGCUCACGUUUCCGCAGCGCAUGCGCCGAGCAGCCUCCGCAGCGACUCACCGCUCAGCCAAGACAUGGCCCUCCGUGCAGAGUACCGGCGGUGGCGGCGCGGCGGCGGCGGCGGCGGCGGCGGCGCGUCCUCGCUGGGCGCGCGCACCCCGCUCUGCGGGGUGGCCACCGCCACGGCGCACCCUGCUCCCGCCCCCGCGGACUCCUCGGCCUCCGCCCCGUCGCUGCCGCGUCUGCACCGCGACUUUCUGCCCGGCCGCGUGCUGGGCAGGGGCGCCUUUGGUGUCGUGGUCGCCGCGCGCAGCCGCGCCGCGCCGCAAGACGAGUUUGCCAUCAAGGUGGUCGCCUGGCCGGCAGACGUGGACGCGGCGGCGCUCGCCGAGGUGCGGGCGCUCGCGUCUAUGCCCCCGUCCGACGACUUGCUCCGCUACUACGGCGCGUGGGUGGAGGCGGGCGGAGACUGGGUCCGCGCCCUCUCAUCCUCCCCGCGCGGCGGCGCGGGCGGGCGCGUGGGCGAGGCCAGCUGCUUGAGUGACUUCAGCGUCGGCAGCAGCGGCAGCGGCGGCAGCAGCGGCAGCAGCGGCAGCAGCGGCAGCAGCGGCAGCAGCGGCAGCAGAAGUGGCAUCGGAGGUGAUGUCGGCUGCAGCAUCCGCACCACCGCACAGGUGGUCUCCGCACUGCGCGACGAGCUCGGACUGCGCCGGAGCGCGGGCGCGCAGCUACGCCUGCAGACGCUGAUCAGCCAGGGCGAGAGCUGCGCGUGGCUCUUUCUCCAGAUGGAGCUCUGCCCCUACCCCACCCUCGCGCACUGGCUCUCGCAUGGCGGCGGGCGGCAGCAGAGGCAGCAGCGCGCGGCGGCGGACGGGGCGGCGGCGGACGGGGCAGCGGUGCCCGACGCGACGCGGUGGUUGUGGGUCCGCGGCGUGGCCUCCGGACUCGAGGCGGUCCACGCGGCGGGCUGGGUGCACAACGACGUCAAGCCGGCGAACAUCUUUGCGUGCCCCGCCACCGGCGCCGUCAAGCUGGCCGACUUUGGCUGCUGCGCGCGCACGGGAUUGCUCGCUCUGGCCCUUGCUGCAGGCACGCCCGCCUACGCGCCGCCCGAGCGCCUCUGCGGCGACCCCCGGCCGGCGGACCCGAGCAGCGACGUCUUCUCGUUCGGCGUGGUGGUGGCGGAGGUCUUCGGCCAGUUCGCAACCUCGAUGGAGCGCGCAGAAGCCGUGAUGCGGCUGAUGGCGCCGCCGCCCGCCGCCGGCGCGCCGGCCGCGGACCUCUCGCCCUCCGCGCGGCUGGCGAGGGCGAUGCUGCGCCGGGACGACGCGCAGCGGCCGAGCGCGGCGGAGGUACGACGAGAGGCGGCGGAGGCGCACGCAGCUGCGGCGAGCGUCUGA